AUGGAAAUGGCCAAUAGAACCACAGUCCAGGAAUUCAUCUUGGUGGGCUUUGGAGAUGGGCCACAGAAACGGUUGCUGCUCCUCAUCUUUUUCACCAUUCUCUACAUUCUCACAUUGGCUGAAAACAUUACAAUUAUCACACUGGCAACUCUGGAUGCCCAUUUGUCCCGGCUUCCCAUGUACAUCCUGUUAAGCAACUUCUCCUGGAUGGAGAUGUGCUAUGUGACCACCACUGUGCCCCGGAUGCUCUUUGAUCUGGCCUCACCUACUGGGAUCAUCUCCUUCCAUGCCUGCUUCCUCCAGUUUUACAUCUUUUUCUCUUUGGGCACCACUGAAUUAUUCUUCCUCUCUGCCAUGGCCUUAGACCGGUACUUGGCCAUCUGCCACCCCCUGCGCUACCCACAGAUCAUGUCCCAGGAUACCUGCUAUGCCCUGGUGGCUGUUUGCUGGAUCCUUGGCUUCCUGUGGAACAUUGUCCCAGUGACUUUAAUCUCCAAGUUGUCCUUCUGUGGCUCAAACAUCAUUGAACAUUUGUUGUGUGAUCCCGGACCAAUUGUGUCACUGGCCUGCCCCCCACUAGGAAAUGCUCCUUUCAUCUGUCAGAUUUUUGUGGAUACUGUGGUUUUAGUCAAUUUCUUCUUUGUUGUGUUAUCCUAUGGUGCUGUGAUUCUCACACUGAUGAAAAUCUCUAGCCAAGGCAGUUGUCAGAAAGCCUUUUCUACCGUGUCUUUCCACUUAGCAGUGGUCACAAUUUUCUACGGCUCAGUGGCAGGGGUUUACUUAGCUCCAGGUGGAGAAAGUCAAUCAGAUCUCACUAGGGUAGCAACAAUCAUCUACACUUUGGUCACACCCUUCCUCAACCCCUUGCUCUACUCCCUAAGGAACAAUCAGGUGAAAGAGGCACUGGGCAGGUUGCUCAGAAGAAAUGUGAGAUUGAAGGGAAGAAAAACAACUGUUCAAACAUAG